UCGAUAUCAGUAUGGGUGUGGUAAUCGUUGUGUGAAUUGCCUUGAAUCUAGUAAAUUUGGCGCCCGAUGCCUUGUUUUGGAUAUUAACGAAAUGACCGCGUUAACAUUUUGAAAAAGAAAACAAGUCUGCUAACCCUUACACGCGGCAGGAGGAUUUUGUAGUGUUUUUACAUCAGUAUUAUCAACGCUGGGAAGGGAGUGAAACACCUGGAGGACCAUGAGUGAGCUGGAGCAGUUGCGGCAAGAGGCCGAGCAGCUGCGCAAUCAGAUCAGAGAUGCCAGGAAAGCAUGCAGCGACUCCAGCCUGUCCCAGAUUACAGCUGGUCUGGAUUCAGUCGGAAGGAUCCAGAUGAGAACAAGGCGGACCCUCCGAGGCCAUUUAGCCAAAAUCUAUGCCAUGCACUGGGCCACUGAUUCCAGGUUACUAGUUAGUGCCUCACAAGAUGGCAAACUCAUCAUUUGGGACAGCUACACCACAAACAAGAUGCAUGCCAUUCCAUUAAGGUCAUCAUGGGUGAUGACUUGCGCCUACGCUCCCUCAGGGAAUUAUGUUGCCUGCGGAGGCCUGGACAACAUCUGCUCAAUCUACAGCCUUAAAACCCGUGAGGGCAACGUCAGAGUCACCAGAGAACUGCCUGGACACACAGGUUAUUUGUCAUGUUGUCGCUUUUUGGACGAUAGUCAGAUUGUCACCAGUUCUGGAGAUACUACAUGUGCUCUCUGGGACAUUGAGACCGGUCAGCAGACCACCACGUUCACAGGGCACAGUGGAGACGUGAUGAGCCUGUCCCUCAGCCCUGACUCGAAGACCUUUGUGUCUGGUGCCUGCGACGCGUCCUCCAAACUGUGGGACAUCCGAGACGGGAUGUGCAGACAGUCUUUCACCGGACACGUGUCUGAUAUAAAUGCUGUCUGUUUCUUUCCAAACGGCAAUGCGUUCACCACGGGCUCGGACGACGCGACUUGUCGUUUGUUUGACCUUCGUGCGGACCAGGAACUCAUGAUGUACUCGCAUGACAACAUUAUCUGCGGCAUCACCUCCGUGGCCUUCUCCAAGAGUGGCCGUCUGCUGCUCGCUGGCUACGAUGACUUCAACUGCAAUGUGUGGGACACGCUUAAAGGAGAGCGUGCAGGCGUUCUGGCUGGGCAUGACAACAGGGUCAGCUGUUUGGGGGUGACCAGUGACGGCAUGGCUGUGGCCACCGGUUCUUGGGACAGCUUCCUCAGGAUAUGGAACUGACCUCACUGGACGGGACUUCGGGGAGCCACUCUUUCUGAUCACAGAGUCACUGUAGUGCACCACUGCCACACAGGACCCCUCCCUCUCCUUCCCCUCCUUACAGAUGACCUGGUUUUCUUCUCUCCGCACUAUCCCACUAUCCUACAGUCAGUCAAAGAGGUGAGGACCAGCAGUGAAGAGCCUCCGCUGGCUCUCUCUGUCUCUCGGGCUUCACAUCUCGACUCGAGAGGUGCGGAACAGACUGUGUUGUAUAUAUCCGCCAUUCUUUAUGCUUGUAUGUAUAACAUAUGCACUUCUGACAGUGUUUGGAUGUUCUGGUGUGUGGAUACUCGUGAUGGGUGUCUUAGCUGUGCCUGUUUUCUUUUCCUGCGUAAAAUAUUUAGUUUUCUUUGUCCCCAA